UUUUCCAGAUAAAAAAUCUUCGAGGGGUUCGUUGCUCACACUGGUAUUCUACUUCUCGCAAGACGAUGCACCUCACAAAACCCAUCCACAACAGGGUCAAUACAGGAUGCUGUCACCACAUCUCCUCUUAUCCCCCUCCCUUCAUAUACUAAUCUAUCCAACCAUAUCCACUGUCAAAAUAAUUUACUCAUAUCCCCAUCCAGUCACCUUACCUAACAUACCUUCGGAGACAAAUUCCACCCAUCCACACAUCCAUGCCCGCCACCACAAUACAUCAAAAGCAGGUCAUCACGCAUAUAUACACAGACAAUCAUCCAUGUUUACACGAUUUUACAACGUGGCCGUUCACAAGUCCCGUCAGGUUGGGUCCCCCCCAUUCCCCCUUGAACUAUCACCCUGUGUGUACUGGGCUGUGAUUGGCCGAGUGAGUUUGGGUGGAGAUGGGAGAUCGGCAGGUACAGGUACGUUUCCCUUACUUCGUUGA